AUGGUCGCGAUGAACAUACAGAUUGUGCCGAUGAAGAUGAUCUGGUUCGAUCGACGCCACUUCACUUUGCGUGCUCUCUCGGAGUACUGUGUGGUCUUUGUUGUAUUUAUGGCCCUUCUCAGGCUGAGCGACAAACCCGUGCGUACAUGGAUGAUGCGCGGCGGGUUGGCAUACAGAUUUGGGCCAAGAGUUCAUCCGCGUACGUGGAAGAGAUGUAAGGGAGGUCGAGCAUGUGCAAGGCUCGACACUUUAUACCAGACUAGGUUUCCUUCAGAGUCCGCUUACCUCCAUAGAAGCGUGUACUGCCUUGCCCACGAAUGA